GGACGCAAUUUUGUGACCGUUUCACGUGACGGCUCAUCCAAGUUAUGGGAUUGCAGUACAAGUAGUUGUUUGGAAACACCCAUUCAAUUGAGUGCCACCGAAGCCAUCAAUACGUGUGCCAUUCAAGCCAUGGCAGCCGAUGUAGACCUCGGCGUUCGGCACAGACCUCUUCACGAGAAGGCCGUCGGAACCGAUGGUAAACUAUUAACUGUUGGCACCGAAACGGGAACUGUUAUCGGAGUUGGAUUGGAAAGCAAUCAAAAGGUAUUUGAAUUAAAAAACAAUUCAGCCGUGAAUUCAAUCCGAUUUGUGGACGAAUACAGUGUUGUGUUUGGUCUACAAAGCGGUGAAAUAGUGUUAAUUGAUGUGAGAAAUAGCGAAAAUAUUGUUAAGUGUUGGCGGACCAGCUCUUCGCCCGUUCUUUCGUUGUUGUCAUUGAAUUAUAAAGAGAGGAAUGGAUUCUUCGCCGGUCGGGCCGACGGGUCGACUGUCUAUCACUAUUUAGACUCCGAUAACGAGACGUUUCAGUUGAGUGGACCUGAUUUCGACGCAAUCUAUAGUCUGGCCAGCGAUGGGUCGCAUGUGUUCACCGCCUGUAGAGAUAAAUGUAUUCGUAAAUAUGAACUCAAGAUAAUUACCGACUCAUAA